UCCCCCCAACAACCAGCCCUGGCAACAGCCUCUCCCUGGCAACCCCCCUGGCAACUGCCUCUCCCUCAUAACCACCAUUCCUCUCUGCAACCACACCAGUCAACUGCUUCUCCCUAGCUACCAACCCCAGCAACCACUUUGGACAACUAAAUCUCCCUGGUAACCACCUCUGGCAUCUGCCCUUGGCAACUGCAUCCCCCUGGCAACUGAGUACAGAGUCACAGGACCAAUGCUCUGGAACUGCUUCGAAUGAAGCCAGUCAGGAGUCACCAGGAGUUGAAGGCUGCAGUCCUGCCCUGUGAGGGGACCGGAGCUCUGUAUGGGGACCCCCCCACUCAGCUGUCACUCUCCUGGCUGUGGAGGGACCCACGGGGCCAGGAGCUGCUGAGCCUGAACGUGACCCUGGGGGAGCCGCCCCCCCACACCAGGAUGGGCAUCGGGGCCCAGGGGUCACUGGUGCUGCCCAACGUCUCCACCUCGGACGCAGGCGUCUACAGCUGCCAGUGGGACGGGGACAGCGGGGGGAACGUGCUGCUCAACGUGCCAGGGAGCCGGGAGCGCUACAUCUCUGGGACCCAGGGGGGGCAGGUCGUGCUCCCCUGCGCCGCGGGAAAUGCCACUGCUGUGGACUGGUUCAGGGAUGCAAACAACGGGACCCACCGGUUUGACCGCGCUGGCCCUCGGCAUCGGCCCAACGGCAGCACCCUGCUCAUCGAGAGGCUGGAAUCAGGGGACGCCGGGCAGUACCGGUGCCAGGCCGGGAGCCAGAACUGGACUGUGCACCUGCACCUGGGAGGGGAGCCGUCAUUCUCGGUGCUGGCGGGGGACACGGCCCGGCUCCCCUGCAAUGGCUCCAUGCCGGGCGCCUGGGUCCAAGGCUCCCUGGCCUGGAAGCGGCUGGGCCCGGGGGUCUCGUGGCAGCAGCUGGUGGAGCUGGUAGCUCGGCGCUAUGGAGCCUCCAAGUUCCAGCUCACCCUGGACACCGGGGCAGCCCUGGUGCUGCCGGCAGUGACACUCGACCAGGCCGGGACCUACCGCUGUGUCCGGGGCAACCACAGCCACGCCGUGGAGCUGGAGGUCACGGCCCGCACAGGAGGGUGGCAGCCCUGGAUCGUGGGGGCUGCGGCACUUGGAUACGUUGCUCUUGGCCUGGCCUCCUUGUUUGGAUACUACCAGAUCCGCCGAGCCCUGCAGACCAGGAGGAGGAGGAAACGCCUGAUGGAUCCGGCCAGGAGGUUUUUCAAGGUGACUGGGAACGGGGCUCACACCCCUUACGGGCAUGUCCUGCCCCUUGCAGACAUCGCUGGUGUCGGGCAGACAAAUGCAGUGCCCUAUGAGAACAUGGUGCUGGAUGCAAGAGGGCAGGGGAGGCCACUGCCUGCAGAGGGGCCCAUCAGUACUGUCGAAUCAGAGGAUGAGGAGGAGUAUGAGCACCCAGACAGUGAGGAAGAACAAGCACCCGAGGAUGGCGAUGGCUACGAAAACACCAACGGGGACAUGAAACUGUGCAUGGGGGACAAGGAGUCCAGCGACAGCGCCUGCUACGAGAACAGUCUGGAGGAGAACAGAGCAGGAGGCAACUGGGCUUCAGACGCUGCCCACUACACAAAUGCUCGCCAGAGCCCCGGGGCCGAAGACCAGGUCUCUGAAGACAGCGAGUGUUACGAGAACACGGAGGAGGACAGCGCCCCGCUGAGCCCCGGAGCUGCGCGGCUUGUAACAGACCUGCGGAUGCUGCUGCUGGGUGCGUGUGAGGAGCCGGAGCGGGAUCGGCAGGACGGACACAGCGAGGGCUCUGCUGGCUCCCAGGCCUAUGAGGAGAUGGCCGGGGCCCUGUAUGCAGCCCCUGUUCGGCGCCUCCGGGACCGCAGCCAGGAGGAAGCUGCUGGGCUCAGGGCCCCAGGGCCCGUCGGAGCUGAACCCCCCAGGCGGGGGGUGCCCCGGAGCCUGACUCGGGACUAGGAAACGCCGCCCCUGGGCCGAGACAGGCAGCGAGUGUAGCUGAGCCCACGAGCACAGAGCUCCCGGGAGGGCCCUGCGCCCCCAUGGAUCCGCUCCCCAUCCCGGCCCCACGUCCUGGGUCCCGCCGCCAGGGACAGCCCCAAGGCUGUGGGGGGGCUGUGGGCUCCAGACACUGUUCCCAUGGCUCUGCAAUGGCCAGCCGCCCACACCGUGCCCCCAGGGGCCUCUGGCCUGCCCCCCACCCAGGCUCGGCUGCCCCACACGGGCAGCUCCAUCCAGCUGGGCCGAACCUCAUUCCCGCGGCGUCUGACGCGUGCAUGUCCGGGCUGGGGACAGGGCCCCCCGUGUCUGUAUCUCCCCCCCGAUGACAGGCUGGGCACAGGCCCCCCCCCAUGUCUGUACCCACCCCCCGAUGACAGGCUGGGGACAGGGCCCCCCCGUGUCUGUACCC